CGCUAUUGAAAAGAUGGAGAAACCGCAAAAUGUUGCAGAAUUACGGAGAUUCCUGGGAAUGAUGAACCACCAACAAAAGUUCAUCGAAAAUCUGUCUGAGAAGUCUAUGCCUCUUCGCGAUCUUCUUUCAAGCAAGAACAAAUGGCACUGGAGUUAAGCUCAAGAAGAAUCUUUCACUCGCUUGAAGAAAGAAAUGACUCAAGCGCCAGUUCUCGCUCAUUACUGCUCCAAUAAAGAAACUAUUAUAUCUGCAGACGCGUCGUCGUAUGGAUUAGGAGCAGUCCUCUUACAAGUCCAAGAAGAUGACUCAAAGAAGCCAAUCGCCUACGCUUCGCGCUCUAUGACGUCUACUGAACAAAGAUACGCUCAGAUAGAGAAAGAAGCACUCGCAACUACUUGGGCUUGUGAAAAGUUUGCCGACUUUGUCCUCGGUAAAGAGUUCCUUAUCGAAACGGAUCACAAACCGUUGGUGCCGUUACUAGGAUCAAAAUGUCUCCAGGACAUGCCACCACGUAUUCAAAGGUUCCGGAUGCGACUUAUGCGCUACUCGUACCAAAUAGUCCAUGUACCCGGAAAAGACCUCACCACAGCUGAUACCUUAUCAAGAGCACCACUUCACCGAAGUCUCACGAAAGACGAGAAGAAACUUAACGAAGAUUUAAACCUCUAUGUCUCACACAUAGUAGAAUGCCUGCCAACUACAGAGCGCCGCUUGCAAGAAAUACGCCUUCAUCAGGACGAAGACGAAGUCUGUUCAAAGCUUAAGCUGUUCUGCAGUGAAGGCUGGCCAGAGAAACAUCACUUGAAUUGUUCACUCCAACCGUACUGGCAGUACAGGGCAGAAAUCACAGUUCAGCAGGGAAUCCUAAUGAAAGACGACAGAGUCAUAAUUCCCUCAGUGUUAAGACUCGAUGUAUUAGACAAGAUACACACAGGUCAUCAAGGCAUCCAGAAAUGCCGUGAAAGAGCGAAAAGUGGUGUCUGGUGGCCGAAUCUCAGCAAGCAGAUAGAAGAUCUUGUCAGGGAAUGCCCUACUUGUAUCAAGACGAAAACUAAUCGUGCAGAGCCCAUGAUUCCUACACAGUUACCUGAACGUCCAUUUCAAAAAGUAGGAACCGAUCUAUUCGAAUGGAAAGGACAGGAAUUUGUCCUCGGGGUAGAUUACUUCUCGCGGUAUUGCGAGAUUGGAGUACUUCGAAAAGCCACAUUUCAAGAAGUGAUCAAUCACCUCAAAGCGAUUUUCGCGCGCCAUGGAAUUCCAGAAACCGUGAUAUCCGAUAACGGACCGCAGUAUUCAGCGGAAUUCACCAAAUUUGCAGAAAAAUGGGGAUACACACACAUUACAAGCAGUCCAAAAUACCCCCAAAGCAACGGAGAAGCUGAAAGCAUGGUGCAAACAACUAAAACCCUCCUUACAAAAUCUGACGAUCCGUAUGAAGCACUACUCGCUUACAGAGCUACUCCACUGGAAAACGGAUUCAGCCCAGCCGAACUAUGCAUGGGACGGCGACUACGCACCACCCUUCCAACUACUCCGUCUAAACUAACACCGCAAUGGCCAGAGUUAACGACAUUGCGUGAAAAGGAAGCCAAGAUUAAGACUGAGCAAAUGAAAGAGUACAACCGACGACAUGCAGUUAAAGAGCUCAGUAAUCUGUCGCCAGGCGAUCGUGUUUACAUCCCUGAUCGCAAAGAGAACGCGGUAGUAGUAUCCAAAACACCACAGCCACGUUCCUACUACCUCGACACUGAUAGCAACGCAACUGUUAGAAGAAACAGACGUAAACUCAAUCCAAAUCCUAAAGAAGCAAAGUACACAACGGAAAGCCCUCCACCUUAUCCUCCUGAAACUUCCAAGGAUCAGCCACCUAUUCCGGCAGAGAAGAACGAAGCUUUUAUGUCUGCCCAAAAGUCUUCCAUUCCAGUUCCCGUUCCUGGAACCACUACUCGUUCCGGAAGAAAGGUCAACCCGCCCAAGAGAUUAGGUUUUGAUUAG